AACUGCUGCCCCGCCCCUCCCACUUUUGCUGAGAGGGACAAGAGUAAAAACCCAACAACAUAUUUAUGACGAACUAGCUAGCAUUUUUGUCUAAACUUAUCUAUUUUUACUCCUUUUGUCAUCAGUAUGUAGCUAGCCCAAGACUCUUCAUUUGGCGGUAGUCUUCUGUUCCACGUCCCCCCCCCUCCCAGCUUGAGCUCUCUCUUGUUGAAAGUCAGGCCAGAAAGGAAAAUGGAUUUGUGACCAGCUCAAACAGAGAAAGUGGAAAGCAGCAAAGAGGCUUCCUAUUACUUCCUAGGGACGGAAGGCCAGCGACAUACAAUUUGUGUCAUGAUGUCGGAAGCACAGGAGAUAGGACCUCCGGUUACAGAGGGAAACAAACCAGAGGUCACAGCAGGACACAUGUCCAGUAAUAUUCAACAGGUAGAAAGUGGAGCAUCUGUGUCUUCGCCUGUGGCCUCCAUACAGCCUCCUGCUACCACAGCAACGGAGGAUGAGGAUGAGAGUGAAGAUGAGUCAGAGAUCUUGGAAGAGAGUCCCUGUGGCCGCUGGCAGAAACGCAGAGAAGAGGUGAAUCAGCGUAAUGUCCCAGGUAUAGAUGCUGCAUACUUGGCCAUGGACACAGAGGAAGGGGUAGAAGUAGUUUGGAAUGAAGUCAUGAUCUCCGAGAGGAAGAACUUCAAACUGCUAGAGGAGAAAGUGAAGGCAGUAUUUGAUAACCUCAUCCAUUUGGAACAUGCCAAUAUCGUCAAGUUUCACAAGUACUGGGCCGACACAAAGGAGAACCGGGCCAGGGUGAUUUUCAUUACUGAAUAUAUGUCAUCAGGAAGCUUGAAGCAAUUUCUAAAAAAGACAAAGAAGAAUCACAAAACCAUGAAUGAAAAGGCUUGGAAGAGAUGGUGCACACAGAUCCUGUCUGCUCUCAGUUAUCUCCACUCAUGUGACCCUCCCAUCAUCCAUGGCAACCUGACCUGUGACACCAUCUUUAUCCAACACAACGGGCUCAUCAAGAUCGGAUCAGUUGCCCCAGACACCAUUAACAACCACGUGAAGACGUGUCACGAGGAACAGAAGAAUUUGCACUUCUAUGCCCCAGAAUAUGGAGCUGUUGAUGAUGUCACCACGGCUGUAGACAUCUACUCGUUUGGCAUGUGUGCCUUAGAGAUGGCGCUCUUGGAAAUCCAGGGAAAUGGGGAGUCCUAUUUCGUUUCUCAGGAGGCCAUCAACAAUGCCAUACAGUUACUGGAGGACCCACUGCAAAGGGAGCUAAUCCAGACGUGCCUCGAGUGUGAUCCCAGCACAAGGCCUACAGCCCGAGAGCUACUGUUUAACCAAGCUCUGUUUGAAGUACCGCUGCUAAAACUUCUGGCUGCACAUUGUAUUGUCAGCCACCACCACAUGAUUCCUGAGAAUGCCCUGGAGGAGAUCACAAAGAAGCUGGACCCUAACCUGGUCAUCGCUGAAAAAAAAGACCACAUUCAGCUUAAGCUUUCACAGUUUCCUGCCUUGGAACUUGAUAAAUUCCUGGAGGAUGUAAGAAACGGUAUUUAUCCAAUGACGGCGUUCGGGCUGCCCUGUCCUCAGCAGCCUCAACAGGAGACUGUUAAAUCUCCCAUUGUCGUCCCUUUGGUCAAAUCCCCCACCCCCGAACCUGCAGAGCUCGAGACACGGCGAGUCAUUCAUAUGCAGUGUACUUUUGAAUCUGUCGAGGAGGGAACCAAGUAUCAUAUAACAUUACUGCUGAAACUGGAGGACAAAAUGAAUAGACAUCUCAGCUGUGACAUGUUACCUCAUGAGAAUCUUCAAGAGGUGGCUGAAGAGUUGGUGCAGCUGGGCUUAAUAUGUGAGAUGGACCAAAACAUAAUCGCCUCUCUACUUGAGGAAUCAUUCAGCAAGCUCUUUAAUAGCAACGGGUUCCUCAACUACAUUGCUGUUUAAACAUAAGUGCACUCUCACAACCCUAUUUUCUUUUUGGUUACUCAACACAUUGACUAUACACUUUUUGUUUGUCUUUUCUUGUAAGCCUUCGAUAGUAAUGUGACCGAAAGGGUGGGGUUUUUCUCUGCUUCAGGGUUUAAAACUUCCUAAAAGCACACAAACCCUUUUAAAUAUAGCCAAACACCUGGAUUGAUGUCACAUUUUUACUGUAAAGGUCCAAACAUACAUAUCCAUUGCAGCCUUACCUUUUCUCAAGCAACAGCUAUAUUUUAGUGUGACGUGUUUACAAAAUAAAUAGCCUAGGAGGGCAUUAGAUGAGACAGUCUAAAACAUCAAGACUGAUUCAGACCUUCACUGGAGUCGCACCACACACUAAUUCACCUCUUCCUAUUGUUAGACCAAAUGUUAAUCAUCUGAUCCACCAGCAAAACUCAAGCUUCUUUAGGCCAUUCGGGAUCCUCAUUUUGCAUGGUUCUCCCUCAUUUGGUUACCUUUUGUUUUGUCUCUUAUGAACAUAUGAUAUAUAUGAACAUUCCCGACUCUUUGACUUUUGUGAUGUGUUUGAUCAACCUGUCACCCAUUCAGUUAAAUAUAUGUUAAAUAUAUAGUUUUAAAACUGGAUGGCAGAGAUGCAACUUUCUCUGAUAAAUAUUUUUAAGAAGCCUUUGAUACAGAACACAAUGUAUGGGCACCACUGCAUAUCUCAUUUUGGGUAGGCAUCAUGCCAAUUCUCAAUGGUUACUUGGUUAUUUUGAGGUACUCCGAACUCAGUGUUACUAAAUCUCUGUUUCUGUGUUUGUUUUUACAUUGUGCUCUGUUGUUUGCCUUACGCUGAACCUACGCACAUGCCUUGAAGUCCUCUUUUCUCUGUUUUUAUAAUUGUAUUCAUUGUUUAACCAUUUGCUGCUUGUUGGGUUCACACAUGCUACUCUGCCUGUAAAAUUCAUUCAUGUGAGACUUGUGUAAUGAACUCAGCUGCCAUAUGCCGUGGAAAGAGGACCUAGCCUUUUCCUGACACAUCUGUAUGAGAGCAUCUUAUGUUUUAUUUAUAUUACAGCCACUGUAUAGCGUACGUUUUUCUUUACUUAUUUCCCUUUUGUAUACUGUGAUUUACCACUGCAUUGUUGGGAGUCUGAGCCAAUACACAGCUUCAUUAUGGUAUAACAUUCUAUGUAUAGAAAAAAAAUUAAUACUAUAAGAUACAAUAACUUACCUUUUUUUCUGGAAUUUUAAUGAGAUUAUAUUAGAAAUGUCUUAUAAUCACAUUACCAGCUUAAUUGAAGACUACUGUAUGAGUUUGCACACAGAGCUGUCCUCUGUUGCUGGUUGAUGACUUAUAAUGUUAAAUUGGUCACCUUAUUAUUUUUUUUUAAUGUAUUCAGGCUACUAUUGUGCUACAAAUGUUCAUUUCUGCUAAACACACAUAUAGUAUAGUCCAUCUUAAUGCAUUGACUUUAUUUCCCUCUUUAUGUACUGUAUGUGUAUUUGUUAACUGCAAAGAUUGUAUAUUCCAAAGAUGUGUUUUAAAGUCAGCCAGGAGAAUGUAAGUGCACCACUUUUUGUAUAAAGAAGUGGUAAAAACCAACCAAUGUGAUCACCAGAGCAGCUUUAUUCUCGCUCCUCUCUCUCUCUCUCUCUCUCUCUCAUAUUUGGUCUCUCUUUCUCUUUUUGUGUGUAUAUACUAUCUCGUCCACCCAAAUUAUUGGUGGUGUUGAAACUGGUUAUUAAAUAAUCAUACCGAGUGGACAGCUUUAGCCUGUCACUCAAGGAUGUAAGUCAGUAAAUUGUGUCUUUUCUGAGACAUGUAUCCUGGCAGAACCUGCAAAGUAUGACUAUUCUUUCAAAUAAAUGUGUGAAACGCU